AUGGUUCGAUAGAGUGCAGAGAGCGAAGAAAGGCACUUCUGUACAUUCGAGCUCAACAUGCGAUUGGAGGCAUUGUGAAGGUCCCGGCUUUGCAUGAGAAGGCAGACAUGGAGGGCAUACCAAGGGACUGGUACAGGAAGGAGCAUUUGGAUGUACAGCGCCCAACGUUCUAUGAGGUUCCGGAUGGAGGCUUCGUAGUUCUCCGCAUGGCGUAUGGAGUGUCUGCCGAUGUUGAGCUGCUGGCGGUGAAGGUGGAAUCUUUCGAGACUGUGUAUCUCUGCGCCGCCCCCUCGCCAGCUCCCAAAGGCAUCCGGUAUUUUGCCAUCCGUAUAAUGGAAGAGUGGGAUAUAGAAUCUCCUCAACGUUAUCAUUUUGUAUACAGCGACAAAUCUGCUAAGGACAGUCUGGACUUGUUGCGGGCGACGUUCCCCGUUCGGAAUCCUUUCAAGCCACCCAACAUGGAUGCCAUGUUCCUCAGUGAAUCCCUCGCAGAAGAUGUCGAGCGGGUAGAGGGUGGUGAGCCAGCGGACAUGGAGAUUGAUAAGGGUGCUUCAGUCGCUAUGACUUUGAGCCGUCUUGGUUGUAUUGUCUGAGCAGCGCUGUGUACGUCACAUAUGUUGAGUGUUGAGUGUU